AGUUUGAAUUUUGAUGACGGAAAGAAAAAGGUUAUACACAGAAAAAGAGGGAAUAGGCUGAUUAUGAUUAAAUUAUUGUAAAAACAAAUAGCAUAUAAUUAAAGUGUUUGAUUUUUUACUUGUAUAAUAGAGAGUUUAAAUUGAAACUUUGUAAAUAGUCGAAUAGUUAAAAGAGCAACGUGUCCUAGGUUAGGCCGUUGGGGAAUCAUGUUAGUAUUGGCGUAACAUGACUGAAAGGAAAAUGUGCAAGUUCUAUAAUUUAAAUGUGCCAGAACGCCGAUCUGGGGAGACAGGAAAUCAGAAUCACGCGAACAAUGACGAUGACGAUCGUAACGCGGAGGACCCGUUGCAGCCAUACGUGCCGCCACACGAGCACAAACUGGAGUACAGUUAUUGGAUGUGGUUCUCGCGGAGGCCUCCCUCCAGGGAGGUUUCGUCGACCACCACUGGCUAUGGACAGGCCCUUCGUUUGGUGGGUCGCGUGGCGUCUGUCGAGCAGUGGUGGGGUCUGUACACGCAUCUAGCGCGGCCCGCGGAGCUCCCGCCGCUCUCAGACUUGCACCUCUUCAAGCUAGGCAUCAAGCCUAUGUGGGAGGACCCAGCCAACGUCAAUGGUGGCAAAUGGGUGGUGAGAUUGCGAAAGUCGCAGACGGCGCGUGCGUGGGAAGACUUGUGUAUGGCGAUGUUGGGCGAGCAGUUCAUGGUCGGUGCUGAGCUUUGCGGAGUCGUGCUGUCCGUGCGGUUCCAGGAGGACCACCUGGCGGUGUGGCACCGCACGGCGGCGGACGCGGCGGCGGCGGCGCGCGUGCGCGACACGCUGCGGCGCGUGCUGCAGCUGCCCGCCGCCGUGCCCGUGGAGUACAAGGCGCACGGCGACUGCCUGCGCGCCUCCGCCUCGCGCGCGCACGACGACGAGCGCGCCUAGCCCCGCCCCCGGCCCCGCCCCCAGCCCCGCCCCUACCGCCACCUACCGUCUGUACUGCGCCGACUCGAACUGUACGUCACUCGCUUUCUACGGUGCGAACUUGAUCAAAUGUGUUUUAUAUCCAAUAACUAAAUUGUGAAAUUGCAAUUAAUGAAUUAACUAUUAAAGAUACCGAAUUUCAAAUAAGUUUCUUAAUUAACACGCAAACGAAAGGGAAUCACGUUUUUCCCCUUUAUGUGCCUCUAUUGUGAAGUUCACUUUUAUGAGUUAGCUUAAUAUAAAUUGUUAGUGUCGAAAUCUUGUUUGAGUUGAGACGUUUUGUGACGACACUGCGUGCACUUCCGCCUACGAUAGACAAAAGCCCCUAUUUCAAUUGAGAUAUUUAUCACAUAGUGCUUCCGUCCCAACUUCUGCCUGUUAUAGACAAUUGCCUUUAUUUCAGUUAAGGCGUCACACCCCUCACACCCUCUAUAUUAGACAAACGCCCUGUUUUCAAUUGAGUCUAUCACUCCAAGACGUGGCGCAAUCGCUCGCUACAAUUUUCUCCCUUUGAGUUUAUUAUUCUUAUUUACCACCCUCGCACACUUUUUGCCACUGCGACAGACACGUCAGAAACAUAUUAUACACUUCAACUUAUAAAAUUUUCAACUGCAUUAAAUGUAGCAGUUGUUCCUUUCUAAUAUUUUCAAACAUGUCUCUGUAUGUAAUUAUUUUAAUGUUUUAAUUUUCAAGAAAUAAAAACUGCGUGGUGUUUUCAAGGCGAAAUAAAUAACUAACCAGUAAAUUAAAAAUGAUGUCCAUGAUUUUGUCGUAAGCUAGGAAGGAUCACCGCACGUCUGACCAGUCUCACACCACGAUCCCGUUCUUUUUAAAACGUUUCAAAUUUAAGUGUAAAAUUUGUUGUUUUUGUAUGAAAUAUCUGAAACACAUUUAAUCACAUAGCAUAAGACAAUAAAGCAAUAAAAAUCUUUCCAGUUGCGUUUUAAAACUUUUAUGAUUAUGUCAAUACACAUUUUUGUGUGCGAUUGCAAAGUAAUAGUUCCCUAGUCUUCCUUGGUUACUCGCUUAAAAUGAUUUUUCCUCAUAUCUAACUCUUGCGAACUAUGUGAGAAAUUGUCAUUUUAAAUGUAUGUUUCAGCCGAUGUACAUAUAGUGUUCAAAUAAUUGUAACAGAUGUUUCGUUUGAAACGGGUUCCUUGACAUUGUUGCCAUAUGUCCCGUCGUGUACGCCUUGUACAGUGCAAAAUUGCAUAACUGAAUAAAAAAUCAGAUUUUCAUA